UCAUGCAUUUCGGUGUCACAUCACAGUUCAGUGUAGAGCUUUCACGAGGCAAGAGGACAACGUCAAACUGCCACAGUUUGAUUUUGUGUCCUUCAUUUCCUUCUUGCAACGGCCGCGAACAUUCAUUGACACAGCCGAAGGAAGACCAUACGAGAGGACGAGGGGAACCCACGGGAAACGGUCACACAACUGUGGUUACGACCGACUUUUCGUUCAUUUGGAUUUGAGUGUUAAAAGAUGCCGAAAUUAAGUUGGUUUACAUCGUUGGGCAUCGUCCUGCUGAUAUCGCCAACUUUUGGGAUCGAUUUAAGCAGAUUGUAUGGACACUUGGAACCACCGAUGCAGAAGCGUGGGGAGUCCUGCCAUCCCUACGAACCAUUCAAGUGUCCUGGAAGUGAUCAAUGUAUCUCCAUCCAGUACCUGUGUGAUGGGGCACCCGAUUGUGCAGAUGGGUACGAUGAGGACAUGAGACUCUGCACAGCAGCCAAGAGGCCACCUGUGGAGGAGACAGCAUCGUUCCUGCAGAGCCUUCUGGCCAGUCAUGGACCCAACUACCUGGAAAAAUUGUUUGGCAGCAAAGCCAGAGACGCCCUGGAUCCAUUGGGUGGUGUGGAGAAAGUGGCAAUCGCCCUGUCAGAAUCACAGACCAUCGAAGACUUUGGAGCAGCUCUCCAUCUUAUGAGGUCCGACCUUGAGCACUUGCGAUCGGUGUUUAUGGCAGUGGAAAAUGGUGAUUUAGGCAUGCUUAAAUCACUGGGGAUCAAAGACUCAGAAUUGGGUGAUGUGAAGUUUUUCCUCGAGAAAUUGGUCAAUACCGGCUUCCUCGACUGAGUAGCGCCAGAUCCAGCUUCCCCAUUCUACUAUGCUGUCCCAAUUAAUCCUCAAUUCUACUCAUACCUCGGUUCAUCCUACGAAGGAUAUGUUUAUUAAUUUAAAUUCUCUCUUCCUCUUCAUCAAUUUAUCUUUCUCUCUUACUCUCUUCUUUACUCUACCAAAAACUCUGCAUAAUUAAUCACCUAUAUGGAAUUUUUCCGUUUGAGAAAGAGAUAGGAGUACAUAAAGAAAAAUCUAAGAAAAAAAUCCGCUUUAGGUUUCAUCAUUCCAGCCUCUCAAAUUUUUCCAUGAUAGGAAGGAAAUGGAGGGUAAAAUGAUGAAAGUUGAAGCAACCAAAAAAAGAAACAUUCUCCCCCUAUUCAAUUAAUUUUGCGUUUAGGUUGUUUGGAAUGAAAAGACAAGAGAUAGGAGUGAUAACUUGAAGAUGGAUUUGCGUGGUGUCAUGAUUUGUGUGCAAAUGCUUUUUUGGUGGUUGCGGAUGGAGCAAACAAAAAAGGACAUUAAAAGAGAAAGUAUAUCUAGAGCAAGUAGACAAGGAAAAUCCUUUUUUCCUCAUGAAGGAGGACGAUAAGCGGUUACAAUUGACCAUUACUUCUUAAGUGUCUUUUUCUAUCAAUUUUUUUGACACCCAAAGAGAAUUUUGAAUUUUUCACGGAUGACUUCUUCACUUUAAACCAAAAAAAAAAAAACAACCAAAAACUGACACACUGAAGAAGCCUAUCCUAUUGGUGGUGCCUAAUUCAACUUCUCUUUGUUGCGUCACCACAAGACACUUAAGAAGAAAACCAAGAAAAAACACUAAUCAAAUAGAACAUAAAAGUGAUUAAAAUAAGUAAAAAAAAACACACUUAGGAAUUUAUCAAGAAAACAAUUGUAGAUUAGAAAUGGAAUGCAACAGAACGCAAUUUUCUUUCAGCUUCUAAACCACAAUAAAAAAAAUAUUUUUGGCUUUUUCAAAAACAAAAAUUCAAAUAUCUAUUUUUAAUUUUUUAUCUUCCUAAACUUUUCUCGUAAAUGGAAGCGGGAUCGCAAUACAAAGAUCUUAAUGAAAAACAAGAAGAAAUUGAAGAUGAAUUCUAAUAUUUCGGAGAUACUGAAUAAAAAUUCUUUUCAAUUAAAUACUCAAAAAAUAAGUGUUUCUUAAAGGAAAAAAAAGUAAUGAAUGUUAUUUAUUGCUGAUGCUUUCUUAAAAAUUCCUAAAAAAAAUAAAUAUUUAGAAAUAUAGCGAGAUUUCAUCACAACAAAAGAUUUCUGUAAAAACAAACGAGAUUAAGAACAACACAUCUCGGCGUCGAAUAACAAUUUUAAGAAAUACUUAAUCUUAAAAGAAAACCAAAAA